GAGAUUUAACGAGAUUUUAUUUUCUUUUGUCAAUGCCGAAAAAGUAAAAAAUAAAAAGAACUUGUAUAGAUAGAGAUGGCAUUACCUAGUAUAAGAACUCACACACAAGAGCGACCAGUUACACCUCAAAGAGGCAGAUCUUUUGGAUCAAAUACUGGUAGUCCAUUCAUAACAACUCCUCAUGGCAAUCCAAACUUUAACCCUACCAAAGUCAGAGGCGGAGGAUCAGACAGCCGAGCACCAAAAGCACCGAAGGCACCAGACAAGCCACUAAUGCCUUACAUGAGAUAUAGCAGGAAGAUAUGGGAUAGUGUGAAGAAUUCUAAUCCAGAUUUGAAGCUAUGGGAGAUAGGCAAGAUAAUUGGACAGAUGUGGAGAGAUUUGGAUGAAUCUCAGAAACAGGAAUUUAUGGACGAAUAUGAAUCAGAAAAGGCUCAAUACAAUGAAGCAAUGAAACUUUAUCAUAAUUCUUCAGCAUACCAAGCAUGGGUUGCAGCUAAAGGAAAAGCUGCAGCAGAGGCUGCUAUGGAAGAAGAACAACAGAAGCAAAGAGAACAAAGAACACCUAGGGGUCAACAAGCAGCUAAAAUGGAGGCCCAAGGGAGAAUAAGUAUACAGCAAGCUGAUGAGGAUGAAGAUCCAGAUGAUGGAUUUUCAGUGAAACAUAUAGCCCAUGCAAGAUAUCUACGUAAUCAUAGACUAAUAAAUGACAUAUUCAGUGAAACAGUAGUUCCAGAUAUAAGGACAGUGGUUACAACAGGGAGAAUGGGAGUGCUAAAACGUCAAGUGCAAUCAUUAACCAUGCAUCAGAAAAAAUUAGAAAAUGAAUUACAAACAAUUGAAGAAAAGCAUGAAGCAAAGAAAAAGAGAUUUUCUGAGGCUAGUGAACAAUUUCAAGAAGAAUUGAAAAAGCUGUGUGAAAAUAAACCACAGAUUAGUGACGAGAUGUUCAAUACAAUGAUGGUCAAAGCCAAAGAGGAACUGAAGCAAAGACACAUACAGUAUUUACAACAGCAAGAAGAAGAGAAAAAAAAGCAAGCAGAGCUAGCAGAAAAAAGAAAGAAAGAAGAGGAGGAGCGAAUUAAACGAGAAGAAGAAGAAAGAUUAAAAAGAGAGGAAGAAGAAAGGCAGCAUCAGCUAGAAAAUCCUGUACCACCACCACCUAUUGUUUCAGAGGGACAAGUUAUGCCUAUUUUGCCACAAGUUAUGAACCAGGGUGUAAUGCCACCACAGCCACCAGUUGCAAACCAGAAUAUGGUGCCAAAUCAGCAAAUGAUGAAUUCACCAAAUGCAGUGCCACAACAGCCACAAAUAAUGCCCAUGCCAAAUGUGGUGCCUCAACAGAACAUGUUGCAGCCACAACAAAUCAUGCAGAACCAGAAUAUGAUGCCACAGAAUGUUAUGCCACAACAGAACAUGAUACAGCCACAAACUGUUAUACAGCCACAGCCUAUGAUGCCACAGGAUCCUUCAAUGGAACAGGCAAACCAACAACAAAUGAUGGAAAUGGGUAGUAUUGAUUCUCCAGAUUCUCAAAAAACAGAGGAUUUAUCUCAGGAUGGCAUGGCUGUAGGUAUGGAAGGUGCUGGUGAUGAAUCCUUUAAUUCUAUGUCACCUGAUGACUCAGCCAAGUCAUCACCAGAUGGCAUGUCUCCAGAUAAAAGUAUGAUGUCAGAUAGUCAAGAAUCACAAGAGGACAAUUCUCCACAAAAGAAGAGCAAAAAGCCAGCCCACAGAAAGAAAAAGAAGGGGGAUGACAGGAAAGAAAGUCCCCGUCGGUACCCUUGUGAUAUCUGUGGUAAGGCGUUCAAACACAAGCACCAUAUGACGGAACACAAGCGCCUCCAUACUGGAGAGAAACCCUUCCAGUGUAAACGGUGCCUCAAACGCUUCUCUCACUCCGGAUCUUACAGCCAACACAUGAACCACCGCUUAUGUAAAACCUCUGGCGGUAACGGUGGUGACGAGAUUAAAGCCUCUAAAGAGGAUGACAUGGAUAAAGAAGACGGUUCUAUUGUGGAAUCAGAGGAGGAGGAUCUUGGUGAAAGCAUAGAAUUGUCAGAAAAAGACAUUUAGGGCACAUGUACAUUAUCAUUGUUGUAGUAUGUGUAUAAGUAACGUGAACCUAGUGAAAUGUGACCUUUUUUUGUUAAAUGUUUAAAGUUGAAUAUGCUUCCUCUUAGAAAUAAUUGGUUUCUUAAUCUAGGUUUUGUUUUAGAUACAGAUGACAGUUUUCUUUAAAAAAAUGCUUAUUUCAAUAAAUGAGCUAUUUUCCAUCCCUGCAUUCCACCAACAAAAAAAUAUAAUUGGUUGUGAAUUUUUGUUUGACAUAUAUUCAUCCUUGCUAUAGAAUGAAAGUGUGUGUUUUUCAUCAGAUACCUCUAGUCCGACAUUGUCAUUCACAUGAUUAUCAUUGUAUGGUGCUUCAUUUAUUCAUGUUUACCAAAUUACAGACCAUAGCAAAUUUAGAUUAAAGAUAAUGACUUAAAAACAUAUUGUUUAUAGAGAUAAUGAAAACCAGAUUUAAAAGUAAGAAGAAAAGAUAAGGGCAAACAUCCAAGUACUUUAAAGGCAUAUUUCCAUUUGAUUGUAUAUUUGAAAUGGCAAACAGAUCUGUGUUGAUUAUUUUUGUAUGAAAUCUAUUGUAUGCUUGCUUAGGAAGCAAUAAAAUAAUGCAAGAAACAG